AUGCCAAAACUACGAAAGAACCGAAGAAUUGGAACUAGGUGGGGUCUGAAAUAUUAUACUGCAGUGAAAAAUGCUGUUUUCAUAACACAGGCACUACCUUAUGUGCCAAGAGAACCACCUCCUAUUGUGAAGGAAUAUGUUCCACAAUGUGAGACUCUAUAUAUGUGUGCACAAUGCAAAGACCGCUUCUAUUUUCGAAGCAGUUUGGAAGACCAUAUUGCAAGGAAGAGUUGGAUAUUGGGAUAUUGGUGUCAACAAUGUUUCGUGACUGUUUGUAGACACAGUCCUACAGAAGGAUCAUUAUGUUCAACAUGUAUGCAAUCAAAUCGUGAGAAACGUUUAUAUUUAAGAAGCAGAGGUUUACGUAAGAGGCAAAAAUUUGGAGUAGUCAGAAUUUUUUAUAAUCAGUGCCAAUUUUUUGCACAUUUGAAAACUCAUAAUGUAGAUUUAGUGGACAUGGGUGACUUAAUGUUAAUGCCUUUACCAACGAAUAUAAAUCACGAUUGGAGUCCUGAAGUAGAUCUAAUAUGUGAAGCAUUCAUGGAGCAUACAUUUGUAAUGAAAGUUCAUAUAAUGGAUUGGUUAAAACAUAAAAACAUCGAUAAAAAUUGGUGGCAGUUAGCUUCUACUAAAGAAGAAUAUAUUGACAAUUCAGUCACUCACAUUAUUAAGAGUUACAAGGGCCGAUUUUAUUUUAAUUCAUUAGAAAUACCAAUGGAUGAGCAGUUUUCUACUUUAAAUUCUUUUCAUUCUACAUCAAACAACAGCAGCAUGUAUUCUGAUAUUGAGAUUCUUGAUUCUGUGGAAAAUGUUGACAAAAGAACAAGUUCAUCUUCUAUAGAUACCACAACUUCCAUCUCUGAUGAAAGUGUGAUUGAAAAUGAAGAUAGUCCAUGUACAGUAAAUGACAUUGCUUUUGUCGAUUGUGGACCUACAACAAAGUACUUUGAACCCAAAACUCCGUUAAAUAACAAUAAAAAGAAAUGUACAACAGCCUCUGUAAAAGCAGUGAAAGAUUCUUUCACUGUUUUUCGACCUUCAAAAGUGAUUACUAGUAAGCUUAAAAGGAAUAGAACAGCACAUCUGAAUCGCAUUUCAUCUAAUAUGAUUAUGUCUUAUGGCAAUACUAUGAUCACACCUAAACGCAAUGUUAAAGAUUUUGCUAAAUGUCCUACUGAUAAACGGUCGUGGGAAAACAUAACACAUAAAUCUAGCAAAAGUACAACACCAAUUAAGGUAGUUACAGAAAGCAAUAUUGUAAAAGUAGAAUCUGAUAAAAAUAUAAGCAAACCAAAUUUAUUAAUUAUAGAACCAUUGUCUAAGACACAAUCUGAUAGGUCUUGUGCAACAAAAAUGGAUAUAUGUAAAACUAAGUUAGAUAAAUUGAAGCAAAAUGUACAUACAUUAACGGUAAAUUCUGGUCAAAAAGUUGUCACGUUUCAAAGCACAAAGCAUGUUAAUAUUGAUACAAUUAUCAAUCAGCUACCACCUCACAUAAUUAACAGCAAAAAGAUUGUUUUUAUUGGACAAGAUUCUGAUACUAUAGGUGUUCAUAGUAAACAAGAAUCACCUUCUAAAACAGCAGUUCCCUUAGUACCUGAUGAAAAUGAGAAACUGUUGGAAACGAAAAAGGGUCCAGAGAUUCAGAAAGUUCUCUCUCGGGCUAAUAAAAACUCCAAUAAAAAUGUUUCGAAGAAUCACGUGGAGACUAUAAAAAAUAAAACUCGAUCAUUCACGAAUAAAGUUAUAUAUCAAAAUGGACGAAAGUACAUUAUCAAACAGUCGUCAGGUACUACUAAACAUUCAAAAAGUGUGCCGAAUGCAAUAAUUCCGAUAAGAAAUGUAAAGGGAACAGUGCAAUCAAAAUCUACAAAUAGUAUCCCACCGUUGAUACCCUUAAAUCCUGUUGAUAUAGAAAAUAUAUCGAAUCAAGAAAGAAUGAAUUCGCUUCAUGGCGAUGUUUCUCCUUUAACGCCUUCGCCAUCUCCGUCAGAAUUAUCAAGCAGUUCUAGUUGCGAUGUUCAAUCAAAGCAGCCUUCUUCGUUAAUAAAGAGUUCUCAGAAGGUUGACGUAGCUUACUUAACUGGCGUACAUAGAGACAUUGGCGUUACCAUGCAUAAUACGAAGAGUUCGUUCGAAAGUUUGUCGUUCCAUAAAGGUGAAGACGAGAAUCUUUAUCUGGACGUAAAAUUUCUCAACCAGAAACCAAUCUAUACGAUUGUCGAUACAUCUACGAUGAUAACGAAAUGCAAGCAAGAAAUGGUAAACGAAUUCUUUCAUCUCUCUUAUCCGGAAUUGCAAAAACGAUACGAACAUUUGCAACAGAUUGGUGAGGAAAUAUUGAAGGUCAUGAAUUUUGUAACCGAUAACGUAAUCAAAGAAAACUUGAAAGCCGUUAAUAUCUUACAGACUGUAUUGAAACAUUGUAUCGAUAAGUGCAUUGACAAAACUGACGAUACGAUCGAAAAAGACGUACAAUUGAACGAAUGGGAAUCUGAAUAUCAGCGUACGGACGAAAAGUCCACUUGUAAAGCGUGCAAUAAAAUUACGAAGCCCAAGUAUUAUAUUCCGGGGUUUUCGAAGCCUGCGAAAAAUGAUAAUUACUGUUCCUGUUAUAGGCACGUGUGUCACAAGUGUCACACGUACCAAGGCAAUUCGACGCGUUUCGUGUCCCAUCAGACUUUUCACGACAAAGAAAAGCCGUAUUUAUGCCCAGAUUGUUAUCGUAAAUUUACAACGUUCAGAUCGUUAGAAUUGCACACAUGGACUACUUGCUUUCACACGUUGAAAAAGCGUGCUCUCGGUUGCAAAAUUUGCGAAGUGGAUGGUUUUCAGGAUAUGGAAUCUGUCGCCAGGCACUUUGCUAUAAUGCACAGUCAUAAUAAGAUAGCAUGCGACAAAUGUUACAUUGUUUUACCCUCGUAUUCCGAGUAUAGGAAACAUCACAAAGAUAAACACCCGGAUUCGGACGAUUGUCAUCCUAUAAGACUUGUAUUAUGCAAACUUGGCCGAUGUAUCGUGCGCUGCGAAGAGUAUAUGUUACACAUGGAGAAACAUUUAGUCGUUCAAAGAUUGAUAUGGUUCAAAUGCCCGUUUUGCACGUUUAUUCACGUAGAAACAAAACGAAUAAUGUCUCACUUACAAACUGGACAUAUGGCACGUCUGAAAGAGCUGAUAAGUUCCGAGGUAUUGAGAAACGUAUUACAAGUGGAAACCGCGGCAAAUUUAUCGACGAAUAAUGCACAGCAGGACGAUAAAUUCACGAAUGCAGAUGCGAGGUCCUGCGAGGACGGGACUGUUAUGCCUAAAAUUAUCAACACCAGAACUAUCACAUCUGAGGUAUUCGAAAGUGGAGCCCAAGAGUCGGAGGAUUAUUUAGUCAAUUACGAUGCGCAACAGUCUCCGAAAGUUGUUGUUAAAGUUAAAUCAGAACCGUCGACAGACUCGAAGAAAACGUUACUCAAGAUACUGGACGUUCGAUCGAUAGCAAAUCUAACGUCGAAUAAUUCUAAAUGCAAAAGCGAACAGAACAGAAAGGCCAAACAGGCGAAAAGUUCGAAGAAAAUGACGCUGGGGAAAAUCGAAGUGGUAGAGAUUCAAUCGAAAGAUACGGACGAGAGUGCAUGUUGUAGCAAAGCAAUUAAAUCGGAGCCAGAUACGUUGAGCGUUGAUUCGCUUCAACAAGAGUCUUUUCUUAAAAUUAAAGAAGAGCAGAACGAAGGUGAAAUUUUGGAAAAGGAAGUAUUAGCGAAGAUAGAAAAGAUGGAAACAGAGAACGCGAUCGAUCUGUGGAAUAGUAUGCAAAUUCAGGAACAAAUUGAAGGUGUACAACGUACACCAUUCUCGAGACCUCCUCCGCUUGCUAGGAUUCCUCAAUGUGAAUCGUUCGAACUGAAUCGCUCGAAGAAGGUUGCACAUCCAGCGAAAGGAGGAAAGACGACGGUAUUAUCUCGCGGUCAGAAAACGAAUCGCGAGUUGCCACAAAGAAUUGCUCUGAACGAUUCGGACAAUUCGGAGGAGAUCUUCAAUUUUUCGUGCAAUUGGUGCGGAGAAUUGAUAAACACGUCCAAAUCGAUCAUAAGCAAUCACUUUCAGAGGAAACAUUUACAAGACUGCAAACUGUCGACAUUAACCACGGACUUGCUACGAAUGUCGCCAGACUUUAUUAACGGCGGCUAUAAAGAUUUGCUAGGUAAUAGAAAACGUAAGUCUGACAGCAUCGCGUCGAAUUCGAAGAGAAGACGACGAUGGAAUCCGAAGAAGUAUAGCGAUGGGAAAAAUGCGAGUUUCACGGGUGUUGGAUUAUGCGUGAAACAAGAGACGGCCAAAGAUAGCGAGGGUAAUUUUAGGUGUAAGAAAUGUGAUCAACGAUGCUCCGAUAUGGCAGACUUGAGGGAGCAUAUUGCCUCUAAUCACAGGAUCAGAGGUCGAUAUUUGGUGUGUCUGGAAUGCGGAGACAAUUUCGUCGUUGUACCUAGUUUGCAAAUGCAUCUGAAAGCUUUCCAUGGGAUAGAGGAUCCCAUUACCUACAUGACCCAAAAUACAUCCUACGCUCCAGACAACGUCGACCAACUCGAGACGGCUGGAAAGUCUAUCGAGGCGAAUCAGUGUCACGUUUGUAUGGCUGUUUUCGAAGACAAGGCAGCGGUGGAUAAACAUCUGAGAGUCCACGGUAUGGCAUUCCUAAACCGGAAGAGGAUAGAGGCGCAAAACGCUUUGAAGAGUCCAGAGAAGAAAAGCGAAUCGGAAGAAGAGAAGCGAACACCGGUAAAAACCAGUCCAAAAGAACCCGUUCGUAAAGAUAAACCGGCAGAAACUAUAUUGGAAAAAAUUACUGCAACCAUAUAGCUAAUGGAGGCA